UAUGCAACUCUACAGUCUAACUUUACAAAAAAGCACAGGAAUACAAAAGGCUAUAUAUGGAAAUUUCUCAGGACCAAAAGCCUAAGAGAUUGUUGUAUCAAAAGUGAAGCAUAUUGAGCUUCUUAAGAUAAAUGAGAGCAAGUAUAAAUAAUGUUAUAUAAUGUUUAGUGGUAAAUUAGAGACUAUAGCAUCAUAAGAAGUAUUUGGUAUAAUACGUUCAAUCCAUUCAUUUAGAUUUCCUGGAGUAAAUAUUUUAAUAAAAUUGUAGAAUAAUAGAGAUAAUUUGGUUAUUGGUAGUGAUUCUGGUCGAGUAGUAGUGUUAGGUUUUGAUGGUUUAAAAAACAUGUUUGUAAAAGUGCAUUAAGAAACUUAUGGGAAAACUGGAUGUAGAAGGAUUGUUCCUGGCUAAUACCUGGCAUGUGAUCCUAAAGGAAGAGCCUUUAUGAUUAGUGCAGUAGAAAAACAUAAAUUUGUAUAUAUAUUAACUAGAGAAAAUGAAAAAAUUACAAUUUCUUCCCCUUUGGAGGCGCCAAAAUCUCAUACUAUUGUGUUUGAUAUUGUAGGGUUAGAUGCUGGUUAUGAUAAUGCUUAAUUUGCAGCAAUAGAAUCAGAUUAUGGUGAUUGGUAAGACAAGGACAGUGCAGUUUGCACAGGUAUUUAAACAAAAUUCUUAACUAUAUAUGAAAUGGAUUUUGGAUUGAAUACUGUGAGAAGAUAAAGAUCAGAUCCUAUUCAUAUUUCAUCUCAUUCUUUAUUAAUGGUUCCUAAUGCACCAGAUGGACCAGGAGGUGUUAUAGUGUUAUGUGAAGAUUUCUUGCAUUAUCGAGGUCCAAAGAAUUAGGAAAUGAAAGUUCCAUAUCCAAAAAAUUAGGGAAUGCCUGCUGAUAGAGGAGCAAUGAUAAGUUCAUUUGGAUUUUAUAAAUAAAAAGUAAUUAUUAUUUGAAUAUAUAUUAGUCAUCCUUUUUAUAUUUAUUAUAAUCAGAGUAUGGUGAUUUAUUUGAAUUAUCAUUACAAUUUACUAAAGAUGAAGUUCAUUCAAUAAGAAUGAUCUAUUUUGAUACUAUUCCUGUGGCUAAUAGUUUGUGUUUGAUGAGAAGUAAACAUCUAUUUGCAGCUUGUGAAAAGGGAAAUCAUUGUUUCUAUAAAUACUAGAGAGAGGAAAUAAACACUAAUAUUAUCUGUACUGAUUCUAGUAUGGCUCUUGAAGAAUAAAUAUUCUUUAAGCCUUAAAAACUUAAGCAUUUAUCACUCUUAUAGGAACUUAAUAAUUUUAGUUGUAUUAGUGAUUUAAAAGUGGCAGAUUUAGCAAAGGAAGGCAAUCCAUAAAUUUAUAUAUGUUGUGCAGCUGGUAAUAGAUCUACUUUGAGAGUUUUGAGACAUGGUUUAGAAAUAACAUAAUUAGCUAAUACUAAUUUAUAAGCAAAACCAUUAGGUAUAUGGACUUUAAAAGAGAGAUAUGAGGAUCCAGUUCAUAAAUACAUAGUGAUUUCAUACAUUAAUAAAACCUUAGUAUUAAAAAUUGGUGAGAAAGUAGAGUAGGUUCAUGAUACAGGAUUAGAAGGAACUAAAUAAACAAUUCAUGUUGGAACUUUAAUUGAUGAUUCCUAAAUUCAAAUCUUAACAAAUGGAUAUAGACACAUUAGAAAAAACAAACCACCUACUGAUUAUAUUAUUGAUGGUAAAGUCAUUAAAGGAGUUUCAAAUGAAAAAUAAGUAGCAUUUGCUUUAGCAGGUGGUGAUGUUUACUAUUUUGAAUUGGAUACUACAACAGUUUCAGGAAAUUUGAUUGAAAUAACAAAAGAUUAAAUGGAUAAUGAAAUAAAAGCUUUAGAAUUAGGCCCUAUUGAAGAGGGAAGAUAAAGAUGCAAAUUUUUAUGUGUGGCUUUGAGUGAUUAAACAAUUAGAUUAUUGAGUUUAGAACCUGAAUCUUGUUUUGAAAGAGGAGCCAUGUAAGCAUUGCCUAGUGAAGCUGAAAGCUUAUGCAUGAUGGAAAUGGCCUCUGAAUAAGAAGGUUAAUAAAGUUUUACAAAAUAGUUAUUUUUAUUUAUAGGUUUGAAUAAUGGUCUCUUAAUGAGAACUUCAGUUGAUUAAUUAUCAGGAGGUUUAUCUGAUACAAGAACAAGAUAUUUAGGAACAAAGGCUGUAAAAUGUCUAAGGAUUACAGCUAAUUAAUAAUAGGCUAUGUUAGCAUUAUCAUCUCGAUCAUGGUUAUGUUAUAAUAAUAGUGGUCGUAUAUUCAUGUAACCAUUAUCUUAUGAUUAUUUGGAUUAUGCUUCUGCUUUUCUUGCUAAGGAAUUUUAAGGUAUUGUUGGUACUAAUUAAAGUACUUUACGAAUCAUAAUGCCAGAGAGAUUUGGUGAAAUAUUUAAUUAGUAGUCAUUAGAUUUGACAUAUUCACCUAGAAAAAUGAUUUUUCAUGAACCUAGCAAGGCAAUAUUUAUUAUUGAAUCAGAUAAUCGAUCAUAUAACAAUAUUUAAUAAAAGGUUGAGGAAGUUUAUUAGACUGAAGAAUUACCAGAAUAAUGGAAUCAAAUUUAAGCUGAACAAUAUAAAUGGGCAUCUUUAAUUCGAAUAGUAGAUGCCACUAAAUUAGAAACACUUAAUGUUCAUCAAUUCUAUGAGAAUUAACAUGCAUGUUCAAUCUGUUAUAUUUAAUUUGCUGGUUAUCAAGAAUAAUACAUAUGUGUUGGAACAGUAAAAGAUCUUGUAAAUGAACCAUCAAGAAAAUUCAGUUAAGGAUUUAUACAUACAUUUAUUUAUGAUAAUAAAACUUUGAAAUUAAAACAUUCAACUCCUAUAGAUGAAAUUCCAUAUGCAUUAGCAGCUUGGAGAGGAAGAUUAUUAGUUGGAGCUGGAUGUAAUUUAAGAGUAUAUGAAAUGGGAAAUCAAAGAAUUUUAAAGAAAGCAGAAAUCAAAAAUUUGAAUUCUUUUAUUACUUCAAUUAUGGUUAAAGAAGAUAGAAUUUAUGUAGCAGAAGUGGCUGAUUCUAUACAUCUCCUUAGAUAUAAUAUAAGAGAUUAAACAUUUAUGGAAUUGGCAGAUGAUAUUCUACCAAGAUAUGUAACAGCAAGUACUGUUCUAGAUUAUCAUACUGUUAUUGCUGGCGAUAAAUUUGAAAAUAUAUUUGUUAGUAGAGUACCAUUAGACAUAGAUGAAGAAUAAGAGGAACAUCCAUAUGAAUAUAAAAUGAAGAUGGAUCAAGGUUGUAUGAAUGGAGCUCCAUUUAAAAUGGAUUAAAUAUGCAAUUUUUAUGUAGGUGAAGUCAUUACUAGUCUCUAAAAAAUUGCCUUAGUGUCCACCAGUUCAGAAGUUGUUGUCUAUGGAACAUCCAUGGGAUCAAUUGCUGCACUUUAUCCAUUUGAUAAUAAAGAGGAUAUUGAUUUCUUCCUCCAUCUUGAAAUGUAUCUUAGAGUUGAACAUCAACCUCUUUCUGGAAGAGAUCAUAUGUAAUUUAGAUCUGCCUAUGGGCCUUGCAAAGUAAAUAUAUCUUAUAUUAUUUCUAUAGUCUAUCAUAGAUGGAGAUUUAUGUGAUUAAUUUGGAAAUAUGUAAUAUAAUAAAUAAAGAGCUGUGGCUGAAGAAUUUGAUAGGACUCCUGCUGAUAUAAUAAAAAAACUUGAAGACAUUAGAAAUAAAAUUUUAUGA